AUGGUGCUCGAGGCCACGAUGCUCGUGCUCGACAACUCGGAGUGGAUGCGCAACGGCGACUACACGCCGUCGCGCUGGGAGGCGCAGGCCGACGCCGUCAACAUUCUCUUCGACGCCAAGACGAACUCGAACCCGGAGAACAUGGUCGGGCUCAUGACGAUGGCCGGCAAAAGCCCCGAGGUGCUCGUCACGCUCACGCAGGACAUUGGUAAGAUUCUCUCGGCGCUGCACAGCUCCAAGAUCAUGGGCAAUGCGGACAUUGCGACGGGCAUCAACGUGGCGACUCUCGCCCUGAAGCACCGCCAGAACAAGUCGCAGCGGCAGCGCAUCAUCGUGUUCGUCGGCUCGCCAAUUGCCGACUCGGCCGAGUCACUCGAGCGCCUGGGCCGCAAGCUCAAGAAGAACAACGUCGCCGUCGACGUCGUCAACUUUGGCGAGGACGCCGAGAAUGCCGAGAAGCUCGGCACGUUUGUGGGCAGCGUGGACAACUCGAGCAACUCGCACCUCUUGACGAUUCCCGCGGGGCCGCAGCUGCUCUCGGACGUGAUUCUGUCGUCGGACAUUCUGAUGGAGGAGGGCGGCGGCGCGGGCCCGAGCGGCGCCGGUGGGUCAGGCGGAGGCGGCGGCGGCUUUGAGUUUGGCGUCGACCCGAGCAUGGACCCGGAGCUCGCCAUGGCGCUGCGCAUGUCGCUUGAGGAGGAGCAAGCGCGCCAGCGUGCCGCCGAGGGCGCGUCGGGCAGCGCAGCACCGAGUCUGCCCAGCGUGCCCGAGGCAUCCUCUGCAGAUGCCUCGUCUGCCGCCGCACCGCCCGCUGCGCCUCAGCUCGCUCCGGCGCCCUCCUCUGCGCUGCCGAGCUCCGGCUCGCUCGUCAUGUCCGGCGCCGACCCGAUCGCCGGCGCCGGCUCUGCGGCUGAUGACGAGAGCGAGGAGGCGAUGCUGCGGCAGGCGCUGGCGCUCUCGCAGGGCCAGGACAGCAGCGAGGACGUCGAGAUGUCCGACGCGGGCGCGCGCGCCACCGUCGCUGGUGCCGCGCCCGGCGACGACGACGAGGAGAUGACGGAGGAGGAGGCCAUUGCGCGCGCCAUCGAGAUGAGUCUGCAGGGCGAGCAGGAGAAGAAGUAGAGCAAUGCGAGUCGUAGUUGGACACGUG